UUUGCUGGGCUGGCAGCACUUCUAUUAAAAUUGCGAGCAGAGUUGGAAAAAAAUCAUUUGUCUCGCAUUUAUUAACAAAUAUUCGCAUAAAAUAAAGUCAAUUUCUCAUCGGAAUCAAGUAAACGACAUGGGUGACUCCAAUAAUGAUGUAAUCGAUUUGAAUGAAAUCAGUAUGGACGCUUCUGAAGAAAGCCAGGCCGACGCGACUCCAUUGGAGCAUUCGCAGGAGAACAACAACAAUCAGAUGGAAAACGCAAUAACUGAAAUUGAUGGAAUUAACUUUCUGUUGGAAAAGGAGAAACGUAAUACUGAGAUUUUGCUGAAAAAACUCAAAACUCACGACCAAUCGACCCAGGUGAUCAUUCGGAAUCUUCAGCUGAAACUGGAGGAGAUUAAGAACGGCCGUGCUCUGAUGCUCAACCAACUAGUGGAGAAGGAACUGUCAUACAAAAUCGACACGGAAGAGUUGACUGCAAUUCUCGAGGAUCCGGCUGAUGACAUUACUUGCGUUAUUUGUCUGUCUCCCUGGCAAUCGACUGGGGCUCAUCGUGUUGUUUCGUUGCCCUGUGGACAUAUUUUUGGGAUGUCCUGCAUAAGGCUCUCUAUACGCCACACGAAAUUAUGCCCGAAGUGCAGACUUCAAGUACAGUUUCCUGAUAUUCGCUUCAUCUUGCCCGGGACCCCAUAGAUCAUAGGUUUUGAUGGGAUCUAUUUAAAUUGUCAAUUCGACAACCAUUUUGUAAUGAUUCCACGAUUAUUAUAAUAAAGAACGUAACAAAACAAAAUU